AACCAUCAAUCGUACUCAAGAAUAACAUCAACACUCAUCAGCAAGUAACAACUUUACAGAUCUCAAUCAAUCAAUCAAUCAAUCAACCAGCAUGGCUUCCAACGACUCUGGUUCAUCCACCAUCAAGUCCUACGUCGACUCUGCAGUCGGCACUGCUCAGAACGUCCUCUCUUCCGUGACUGGCAAACCAGCCGACAAGCAAGAAGCAACCGCGCAAAAAGCUCAAGCCGACCAAGAAUACGAAAAAUCCCAUACAACCGCGCGCCUAGGCCCUUUUACUGCCGACCCCAACACCGGUGCCGCCGUGAGCGACUCCCAGGACCGAACCUCAGGCUCAUGGAACCAAACCGUUGGCGCUGCCAAAGAAUCUUUGGGCAAUCUAAUCGGAAACGAAAACCUCCGUCAAACGGGUAUUCAACAAAACGCAGAUGGGAAAGCGCAGGAAGCGAGGGGGCAACUUUCGGAUUUGGGGCAGGGGGUGACUGAUCGUGCGCGUGGUGCGAUGGGCGCUGUUGGUUCGGCAGUGUUGGGGGAUCAGGAGGGUCAGGAGAAGUGGAAGGAUGUUCAUGAUGAGGGAAAGACGCGUCAGAGGGGGGUUGAGGCUGAUUUGCAGAAGGCUGAGCAGCGGUAGAUUUGUCGUGUGCUUGCCGGUCUAGGUCUAUGAUGACUUCUUUUCUACUUCUUGU